CCUAUUUAAUAAAUAUAAAAUUAAAGUAGUAAAAUGUGGAAAAACAUUUUUCUUUAUUAAAAAGAAAUUAUAAUUUUUUUUCUAAAAAAAAAAACCUUUUAUAUUUCUGUCGGCCAUAUUGAUGUCUGUACUAUUACACAACGCCAUCAUACGUAAAAUCUAGUUAAGUGAUAAUAAUUUCAUGAUAAAGAAUUGGCGCAACACGUUUUUUCUUCUGCCUUCUGCAUCAUCUUCGAGGAACUAAAUAAAUAUUAUUCAAUAACAUCCAGAGGGAGUUGAAAAAAAAAAAAAAUAAAUAUAUAAAUUAAACAAUUAAUGGAUGAUUGUGGUGUUGAUUGCAGAGAUAAUUUAUUGAAUGACUUGAUAAAAAAAUUAAAUUGAAACAAAAAUGACGACAAACGUAACGACAAUUAAGCUGGAGGAUAAUCAGGAGUCUGUUACAGAAAUACAAAGUUAUCUUGAAACAUUUAACAAGGAAAUUGAGGGGGGUCAAGGUGAACAACUUCAUCAUGUUCUUCAACCAGUUGAGGGUAUAUCAGGAGGUGAAGAAGGUUGUUCAUAUUUUGUUGAUCAAACAGGACAAUAUUAUUAUCAAUCAAAUUCAGAUGAUCCACCAGUUAUGACACAAGUACAAAUACAAGAAAUUGAUGAAAUUGAUGAUCAAAAUCAAAAUAAUCAACAAGCACAAUAUCAAAUUGUUGAAGAAUUAGAAAAUCUUGAUGAUACAGAUAAUAAUGAUGAAAAAUUAGAAAUAAAUGGAAAUGGUGAAUUAAAUUCUGGCUAUCAAUCAGUAACAAUUGUACCAGAUGAUGAUAAUCAAAAUGAUCAAUAUCAAUCAGUAACAAUUGUACCAAAUGAAGAUAAUCCAAAUGAAGUAUCAUAUAUAUUAGUUGUACAACCAAAUUCAGAUGAUAAAACAAUUGAUAAUCAAGAUAAUGAUGAUAAUCAAGAUUUAACUGUUUAUGAUUUUGAGGAUAAUGAUGGUAAUAUUGAAUCAGAAAUUGAUGAUAAAACAAAAAUUGUAAAAUAUAUACCAAAAAAAUCACAAACAGUAUCACAACCACAUAUGUGUAAUUAUUGUAAUUAUACAAGUCCAAAAAGAUAUUUAUUAUCACGUCAUAUGAAAUCACAUUCUGAAGAAAGACCACAUAAAUGUAGUGUUUGUGAAAGAGGUUUUAAAACAUUAGCAUCAUUACAAAAUCAUGUUAAUACACAUACUGGUACUAAACCACAUAGAUGUAAAUAUUGUAACAGUGCAUUUACAACAUCAGGUGAACUUGUUAGACAUGUUAGAUAUCGUCAUACACAUGAAAAACCACAUAAAUGUACAGAAUGUGAUUAUGCAUCUGUUGAAUUAUCAAAAUUAAAAAGACAUAUUAGAUGUCAUACUGGUGAACGUCCAUAUCAAUGUCCACAUUGUACAUAUGCAAGUCCAGAUACAUUUAAACUUAAACGUCAUUUACGUAUUCAUACUGGUGAAAAACCAUAUGAAUGUGAUAUAUGUAAUGCAAGAUUUACACAAUCAAAUAGUUUAAAAGCUCAUAAACUUGUACAUAAUAUUGGUGAUAAACCAGUAUUUCAAUGUGAAUUAUGUCCAACAACAUGUGGACGUAAAACAGAUCUUAGAAUUCAUGUACAAAAACUUCAUACAUCAGAUAAACCAUUAAAAUGUAAACGUUGUGGUAAAACAUUUCCUGAUAGAUACAGUUAUAAAUUACAUAGUAAAACUCAUGAAGGUGAAAAAUGUUAUAAAUGUGAAUUAUGUCCAUAUGCAUCAAUAUCAGCAAGACAUUUAGAAAGUCAUAUGUUAAUACAUACUGAUCAAAAACCAUAUCAAUGUGAUCAUUGUUAUCAAUCAUUUAGACAAAAACAAUUAUUAAAAAGACAUUGUAAUUUAUAUCAUAAUCCAACUUAUGUACCACCACCACCACAAGAAAAAACUCAUCAAUGUCCAGAAUGUGAACGUGCAUUUAGACAUAAAGGUAAUUUAAUAAGACACAUGGCUGUACAUGAUCCAGAAUCAUCAUUACAAGAAAAACAAAAAGCAUUAAAAAUUGGUAGACAAAAAAAAAUUCAAAUUAUUGAUGGACAAAGAGUUGAAGUUAUGACUGGUAAUUUACCUUCUCAACUUGAAGGUUACGAUGAAGAAGAAGAAGAGGAAGAAGAAGAAGAAGAUGAAGAUGAAAUGAUGGCUGUUGAAGGAAGUGAUGGACAACAGUAUGUUGUACUUGAAGUUAUUCAACUUGCUGAUAAUCAAGGAACAGAACAAAUGGCUGUUGAUGGUGAAUUUAUGAUGCAAGAUCCAUUGAUUGAAGAAAAUGAAACAAUACUUGGUGAUGUUGAUAAUAAUGAAAUUGAAAAUGAAGAAUUAGAAGAAGAAUUAAAAAUGGAAGAUAUUAAAACAGUACUUGAACCACGUAAAAUAACUAAAACUGAAGAAAAUUCACAACAUCGUGAAGAUGUUGAAACAUGUUUUGGUUUUGAUGGGGAAGAAGAUGAGGAAAUUGAAGAUGAUGAAUCUAAUGGAAUGAGACUUUUAGAAUCAUUAUCGUAAUGCUGAAAAAAAAGAGAAAAAUUUAAUAAUAAAAUAAUAAACAUUGAGAGAUUAAUUAUGUAUUUUAUGAAUGCUACAAAAUAUAAAUUUAAAGAAAAAAAAAAAAAUCAUCAGCCCUCAACAGUACACCAUCCAGAAAUCUUCAGGAAGAUUUAAUUUAUCUCUGCUUUGAAUGUACCUACUUAAAUAGUCAAAAGGUAAAAAUUAACAACAAAUUAAUAGCUGAAUAGUUUUAUUAAAACAUUUUUCUUUUUUUGUUUAUAUUUCUUUUUUUUUAAAAAAGAAAAAGAAAGCAAUAUAUAUUUAAAGAAAAUAGAAAUUAAUUAAAGUUAAAAAUCGAUAUAAUUAAUAUAAUUAGCAAUCAAUUAUUGUGUUUUGCAUCAUGAUUGUGGUCUUUAAAUUUUUUAAUUAUUAUAUAAAUAAUAAUAAGACGAAUAAUCAAUUUUUUUUUCACUUGAAAAUUUAUACAUUAAUCGUGUGUAAAUUAAUUGAUAUAAAUAUGAAAUUUCGAUUUUUUAAAAAAAUUAUGUUUGAUGAAAAUAAACAUAUUAGAUUAAUUAACUAACAAAGAGCAAUGCUAAUAUUGCUUGUAAUACGUUUAUUAGAAAUAAUUAAUUAGUUUUAAAAAAAUAUUGUAUAAUUGUCGUUCAACAUUAUAUCAAAAUUAAUUGCGUGUUUUACUAGGCUGAUGUGUAAAUAAAUAUGUUCUCGAAUUAAUUGUUAUAUCAUAAGUCCGAAAAAGAAAAAAAAAAAAAAAGAAAAAUAAUUAUUACAUAUUUAGAAUCUAAUUAAUAUAAAAAAAGAAAUUGAUCCAAUUAAAAAAAUAGCUUGGAUUUACUUUCUUUUUAAAAUUAUCAUUAAAAAAUUUCGUAAUUUAAAAAUUAAUAUAAAUUAGAAUUGUGGGGGUAGAAAAUAUUAAUGCCAGUUAACAAAAAAAAAAAAUUAGCAUAUUGCUUUAUUUACAAUAAUAUUAACAGAAAAAGUUUUAUUUUAUUUUUUUUAAUUUUAAAUGAUUGAUUGAUGUUUUAUUGAUAUUUUAAUGAAUUGAAUAUAAAAUUAAACACCGAUUAAAUAUAAAUUUCAUGAUUAAAAAUUGAUGAAUUUAGUAACAAUUAUAAAUAUUUAAAUAUUAAAAAAUUAAUCAUACUAUUAAGCUAAUGAUAAAAAAAAAAAAUAAAGAUUUAUUUAAUAAAUUUUUUUUUUUAAACACUUAAUCAUGAAACAACAAAAAAAAUAAAGCAAUCAGUGUAUAAUUUUUUUUUUACACUUUAAACUAAUAAUAUUGUAUAAUUGUAAUUUAAUAAUUUUAAUUGAUACUAUUGUCAAUAUAAAAAAAAAAAACAUCACCAAAAGAAUAAAAAAGGAAAAAAAAAGAUAA